GAAAAAGAUAGUUAAGAAAGAGAUGACUGAGUGAGCAGAAGAAAAAAAUCUGAAGAGAGAGUGGCAUCAGAUAAGGUAAGGAGAAGCAAUUUCUUCCUUCUGCGAACAUCCUUCGAACACUCUGCAGACAUUAAGCAACAUGCUCUCCCUCUCGCCUUCUGUCACUGCAAACACUCUCAGCCUCAAACCCAAUAAUCUCAAUGAUCUCUUUCUCAUAAGCUCUCCAUCAUUCACCAACCGUCGCCAUUCCAUCAAACCCAUAUCUGCCAUAAUCAACCCUUAUUCCUUCAGGAACCAGCAACCGCUGCCGCCGCCGCCGCAGCAGCAAGUCUACCAACCCUUUCGCCCUCCGCCGGAACCCCUCCCAUCGCAAUACGGCAACCUCGACAUCGCCGGCCGCAUCGACAUCCUCGCCAACCGCCUCGGCCUCUGGUACCAGUACGCGCCCCUCAUAUCCUCCCUCAUCCGAGAAGGCUUCUCCCCUCCCACCAUCGAGGAAACCACCGGCAUCUCCGGCGUUGAGCAGAAUCGCCUCAUAGUCGCCGCGCAGGUCCGCGACUCCCUCGUCGAGUCCAACGCCGACCCCGAACUCCUCGCCGCCUUCGAGACCGGCGGCGCUGAGCUCCUCUACGAGAUCCGCCUUCUCAGCACUUCGCAGCGGGUGGCCGCCGCGCUUUUCCUUGUCGAGAAUCGCUGUGACGGGAAGGCGGCGCAGGAACUGGCGCGCGCAAUGAAGGAUUUCCCGAGCAGGCGCGGGGAUAAGGGGUGGGAGAGCUUUGAUUACACUCUCCCAGGAGAUUGUCUCUCUUUUAUGUACUACCGGCAGGGUAGGGAGCACAGGAACCCGUCGGAGCAGAGAAGUUUGGCGCUGGAGCAGGCGCUGCGCGUGGCGGGGACGGAGAGGGCGAGGAACGUAGUGCUGGAGGAGUUGGAGAGGAGUGGUGAGGAGAAGGAGGAGGAAGAGGAUGGGGAGGGAGUGACGCGUGUUCCGGUGGUGAGGUUAAGGAUUGGGGAGGUGGCUGAGGCUCGUUCAGUGGUAGUGUUGCCGGUUUGCGCAGCAGAUGAGAGGGAGGUGUUGGAGGCGCCGUUUGAGUGUAGGAGUGAAGGGGAAUUUGGGGUGGUGGUGUCGGAGAAGGGGUGGGGGAGGUGGGUGGUGUUGCCUGGGUGGGAUCCUUUGGUGGGUUUGGGAAAAGGGGGUGUUGUUGUGUCGUUCGCGGAUGCGAGGGUUUUGCCGUGGAAGGCUAAUAGGUGGUACAAAGAAGAGGCCAUAUUGGUGGUUGCUGACAGGAGUAAGAUAGAAGUGGGUGCUGAUGAUGGGUUUUAUCUUGUGAAUGGUGGUGAUGGUAAGGGUUUGAAGGUGGAGAGGGGUUUCACAUUGAAGGAAAAAGAUUUCACUCAGAGUUUAGGAACUGUGUUGUUGGUUGUUAGACCUCCUAAAGAAGAGGAUGAUGAUCAAUUGAGUGACGAAGAUUGGGAGUGAUAUUCACUAUAUAUUUGUUUUUCUCCAUUCAUGAAUUGCAACUUCAACUCUUUUUUGUGUCAUGCAAAAUAAGAUUAUAUUCAUCUGA